AGCUCACCCCUCUUCAGAAACCUAGUUACUUACUAUGCCGUUACAAGCAUUUCACUUCCUUAUUCUUAUUGUAUUUCAACCGUUAUACGACGAUUACUUAACUUUAACGCCUCUUGUUCACUUGCAGGGCUUCGUCGCAAACCGUUUCGCCAAUUUCUGCAACAACCUUUUGAUGUAUCAUCCGAUUAUUUGUCCCAACUAAUGGAGGAGAAUGCGCGGCGACGUUUACAACAAACAUUCGAACAACAAUUGGAACGCAUCAAUAUGCAAAUGAAUCGCCAGCGACAGCGCGAAGAGCAACGUGAACGUUUGAGUCAACGUCUGCAGCUGUUGGCCGCUGAGAAUGCGGAAGCGAACGAGGAGGAGAGAGAGGGCGAGAUCGAUGUGGAAUCGACCGAAAUGGAUGAGGACGUUUACGAUGCCAAUCGCAAUCAAUAUAACAGCUACAAAAAUUUCGAGAACAACAACGACAUCAACACUGGCAAUCAAUACGUGGACUCGAAUGGUCUCUUUAGCUACAAAUACCCACCGCCCAAUAUGGUGAGCUUAAAUGGCGACGCCGUGGGUGAGCGCAUACCCUUCGCAGUCGGGCCGGCCGAUCCACGUUUCUACGAGCGCAACAGCGACGAAGCGGAGGGGGAAAACAAUAGCGAUGAAUUGGAUUCGCGCGCCUUGGACGACUACCAGGAAUUUGUACCAGCCGAGUCGCAGAAUGUUGGCGCUAAAGUCGCGCCAGGCGUCGCAGUGGCUGCUGUUGAGCCUGAUAGCGCAAGCGUAACCGCCGCAACGUCACACGCCGCAACGUCACCCGACGCCGCCGCCGCCGCCGCCGCCAUUCCCGCUGAUGCCAAGUCACCUGUGCUCGCGCCAGCACCUGUUGAAACUACCAAAUUAGUCGACGGCAAUACGGCCACUUUCCAUCGCAUCAAACCGCAGAGCGUUGCUGCGGCAGCGGCGGUCGCAGGCGCUAAUGUCGCAGCGGCAAUGAAGCCCAAUGCACACGAGUCGGCGAGCGACGACAGUAAUCCACGACACGCGCUCAUCGACAAGCUGCAGAAGGAAGGCAAGUCGGUGGUGGCCAUGCACAAUAAUCGCGAGGCGGCAUUGGGCGGCGGUAGUGAUGCCAAUGGUGGUAUGGUGGUGCGUCAACAUUUGGGCGUGGACGGUGAGAUGGGCAUGUAUCUGGUGGCAUUGAUUGCAGGCGUGAGCGCCGCUGUGACAGUGGGUCUGAUAGCGCUCGGCAUCGCUUGGUACACAUUACACCGCAAAUCAAAGGCGGCAGCGGAUGUUGAAUAUCCGGCAUAUGGCGUGACCGGACCGAAUAAGGACAUCUCGCCCUCAGGCGAUCGCAAAUUGGCUCAAAGCGCACAAAUGUACCAUUAUCAGCAUCAGAAACAGCAGAUAAUUGCGAUGGAGAAUCGUCAGGCGGCGGAGGGCAGCUGCGGCAUGUCUGAUGUGGAAAGCGAUGAUGAGGAGAACGAGGAGGGUGAUUACACUGUGUAUGAGUGUCCUGGUCUUGCACCGCCAAUGGGCGAAAUGGAGGUAAAGAAUCCAUUGUUCUUGGAUGAAACGCCAGUUACGCCAUCGAGCAGCAUGACCGCCACUACAACAGCCACCACUUCCACUCCAACCAUUAGCAACAACAUAACACAUGCCACACCACAACAACCACCCACACAACAACUCGGCAAGAAGCCAACCACUUAUAAAGUUGUUGUUGGUGCUGCACCCAAUCCCAAAGCUACCUCAGCAGAGUCUACGUCUUCCGAGGAGAAUAGCAAGAGAAAGAAGAAUAAGAAGUAAGCGCAGAGGACGCAGCGCAAGAAGGAUGAUGAAGUGGAUGAAGUGGAGGAGGUGUAGGUGGAGGUGAAGCAGCAGCAGUAGCAGCAGCCUUUUGUGAUGUAAAAUUGAAAAGUGUAAUGAGAAAGUGAGUGGAUAUGACUAAGAAAUGGGGUCGGGAUAAUUAAUUUAAAUUAAUUUGCUGGUUUAUACACACUUACAAAGCGUAAAAAUUGAAACCACUGUCACCAGGCCAAUUAUCACAAUUAACAAUAAAGAAAAAACAGGUUAUUAGAAAAUACAUAGUACUUGUGAUGCAUAAGUGUUUGAGGGCAUACUGAGUGUUGGACUUUAUAAAUAUUUAACUACAUAAUACCGAAAAUCCACCACUGUAAUGUAAAUAAUAGCAUAUUUUCACAUCGAUGCGUAUGAAGGGACUUAAAAACGUUUGUGUUUAGUGUUAAUAAAAGGCGUUGGAAUUUUUGAAAAUAAGUUUUGCAAAAUUUCAAAAUUUACAAUGUUUAGAAAUUUCAUUUUAAAUCGACUUCAAAGAAGGAAGGGGUUAUCAAUUCGUCGGAAUAUUUUUUAUUACUAUUAUUUUUUUGUUAUGUAUGUUACCACACAACUUUGGCCUACGUUAACCGAUUGCUAAAAUUCUUUUUUAAAGGAAAGGCGAAACCUCAGAGGUGGCCCCAUAUUAAUUUGGUUUAGAUGCGA